AUGCCUGACGAAGCUAAGACUUUGUGGAAAAGGCUCCUCUCUGGCCCGACCAUCGACUUUUACGUCGGUGAAGAGCGUCGGCAUUGGUCGCUGCAUCGCAACCUACUAUGUCACCAUUCGCCCUACUUCGAGUCCGAGUUCCUCGCCGACAAGACAUCCAGCCCGUCACAGAGGUCAGAGCUUGAACUGCCUGACCAAGACCCCUCUGGCUUCGAGUUGCUUGUAAAAUGGCUGUAUCAGGGCACCUUGGACGACACGUCCGACAUGACGGAUGAGAAGAAAUACGACUACUCCGUAGCCUGCCACAAGUUAUACCUUCUCUGCAACAAGUUUGACCUCCCAGUCUUGAGAAACGAGUCCAUCGACCGAUACAGACAGGGCUUGCUCGAAGCCCAACUCGUCCCCGAUGCCGAAGAGAUCAACGAGAUCUAUCGCAGCUCUCCAGUCGGUUCGCCCUUUCGAAAGCUCAUGGCUCAAAUCGCCGCGCGACAGAUCAUGGAUCCGGACAGUGACAAGAAUGCUGAGAGUUACCGAAACUGCUUCAAAGACAAUCCCGAUUUUGCAGUCGACAUGGUCAACGCGAUCAAGGCUGGUACUGGAGGCAUACUGUUUGACGAUCCGACAGACGGCGACGAGGCUGCAUACCAUGAGGACCCCACUAUACGCCAAAACGGCAGCGGUAAAGGUACUUAG